GGGAGUCGUAGGAGUACGGCUCGGGCACUGCGGGGGGGGGGGGGUGCGGUGUCUGGUCCGUGGUCCGGUCGGUGCUGCCGCCUUUCCCGCAGGCGCCCCGCGCCCCGCAGACAGCCGGGAACGCCGAGCACGCGUGUGCGGAGAGCGAGAGCCGGCCCCGCCGGUGCCGGGACCCUGAGCAGAGCGGAUCAGCAGCCUCCAGAGGAAGGGCCUGUAAACCUGGAGCCGCAGAGACCCUCCCCAGGGAGACGGGGACAGAGCGGCUCCCUGACGCCUGGGCCGGGCCAGCUGCAGGAGGGGCAGGGCAGGCCGGCGAAGCAGGGGCAGAGCAUGGAGCUCCAGGAGGUGUUCGAGGACGUGGCAAUGUAUUUCACACGGGAGGAGUGGGAGCUGCUGGAAGAGGAAGACAAGGGGCUUUACCGGGACCAGAUGCUGAGCAACUACCAAGCCCUCGUUUCCCUGGGAUAUCGAGGUCCCACACCUGACUUGAUCUGCCGCAUCCAGCGAGGACAGGUGGAGCUCUGGGUCCAUGGUGGUGAGAACCGUGGGGAAAUCUCGAGGUCAGAGGACGUGCUGCCAGGACAUGCCUGGUUGCUGAGCAGAACUGAGGAGCAGGCUUCUGAGGAAGGGCCUGGAAAGCUGAAGCCACCAUGGGUUUCCCUGGGGAGUAUGGGUGAGGUGGAUUCCCUGAACCCAGGGAAGGACCAGUGGCACAAGGGCCAGGGGAUGCCCCCAAAGCAGGAGAAUGUAGCAGUGAAUGUGGUCCCAUCUCUAGUUGGGCAUUGGAGUGAAGAAGGCAAAGAAGCCAGAAACAGCCCGAGGUGCAGGGAAGAAUUUGUGGUGCUGAGACACCUGAAGAGGCCGAAAGGAAAGGUCCCCUGGAGAAAGACACUGCAUGCAAACCAAGGCAGUAUGGGGGGUCUCAGAGGGAAGCACGAGCCCACCACCAAGCGCAGGGGGAGAGCCCACUCCUGCCCUGAGUGCAGGAAAAAUUUUAGCUGCCCUUCGCUCCUGGCUCUGCACAAGAUAAAGCAUGCUGGGAAUAAGCCCCAUGUACGUGCCACAUGUGGGAAGAGCUUGACCAGCCUCUCUGUGCAGAGGAGGCAGCUGCCACACUCCUGCACAAGGUGUGGGAAGAGCUUCAGGCAGCCCUCCAGCCUGGCCAGGCACAGGUGCAUGCACACAAGGGAGAAGCGUUAUCCUUGCUCUGUGUGCGGGAAGAGCUUUAUGUCCUCGUCAAAGCUGUCUCAACACCAGCUCAUCCACACAGGGGAGAAGCCACAUCAGUGCUCUGUGUGUGGGAAGAGCUUCACCCAAUCCUGCAACCUGAGCAGGCACCAGCGCAUCCACACAGGAGAGAAGUCACAUCAGUGCUCUGAGUGUGGGAAGAGCUUCACCCAUUAUGCCAAACUGGACCAGCACCAGGACAUCUGCACAGGGGAAAAGCCACAUCGCUGCUCUGUGUGCGCGAAGAGUUUCACCUGGUCCUCUGACCUGGUUCGGCAUCAGCUGAUUCACACAGGGGAGAAGCCACAUCAGUGCUCAGUGUGUGGGAAGAGCUUCACCCAGUCCUCCUCCCUGACCAAGCACCAGCGCAUCCACACGGGGGAGAAGCCACAUCAGUGUUCUGUGUGUGGGAAGAGUUUCACCUACUCUGUCUACCUGGUCCGGCAUCAGCUGAUACACACAGGGGAGAAGCCAUAUCAGUGCUCUGAGUGUGGGAAGAGCUUCACCCAAUACACCCACCUGACCACGCACCAGCGCAUCCACACAGGGGAGAAUCCACAUCAGUGCUCUGUGUGUGGGAAGAAUUUCACCUGGUCCUGUGACCUGAUCCAGCAUCAGCUGAUACACACGGGGGAGAAGCCACAUCAGUGCUCUGUAUGUGGGAAGAGUUUCACCUGGUCCUCUGCCCUUGUCCGGCAUCAGCUGAUCCACACUGGGGAGAAGCCACAUCAGUGCUCUCAGUGUGGGAAGAAUUUCACCUGGUCCUGUGACCUGGUCCGGCAUCAGCUGAUCCACACAGGGGAGAAGCCACAUCAGUGCUCUGUGUGUGGGAAGAGCUUCACCCUGUCCUCUACCCUGACCGUGCACCUGCGCAUCCACACAGGGGAGAAGCCACAUGAGUGCUCUGAGUGUGGCAAGAGCUUCAAUUAUUCCUCGGAGCUGGCCAGGCACAAGCGCAUCCACACGGGAGAGAAGCCAUAUCAGUGCUCUGAGUGUGGGAAGAGAUUCACUUUCUCCUCUGGCCUGACCCAACACCAGCGCAUCCACACAGGGGAGAAGCCACAUCAGUGCUCUGAGUGUGGGAAGAGCUUCAUUUAUUCCUCCGACCUGGCCAAGCACAAACGCAUCCACACAGGAGAGAAGCCGUAUCAGUGCUCUGAGUGUGGGAAGAGCUUCAUUUAUUCCUCCCACCUGGCCCAGCACAAGCGCAGCCACACAGGGGAGAAGCCAUAUCAGUGCUCUGUGUGUGGGAAGAGCUUUGCCCGAUCCUCCGGCCUGGCUCAGCACCAACGCAUCCACAAAGGAGAGAAACCACAUCAUUGAUCUUAGUGUAGGAAGAGCUUCACCUACUCCUCGAGGUUAUACCAAACACCAGUGUAUCUACACAAGGGAGAAACUACAUGGGUGCCCUGAGUAUUGGAAAAGCUUCACCCAUCUCUCCAAUCCCAUCCUGGAUUCAGCACAUCCAAACCCAGAAGCAUCCCUAAUUCUGCCACCAGUGCAGGAAGGGCAUGGAGAUGUCUGCCUGCUCAGCAUCCACCAGUGGUGCAUUCAGACAAGCACCCACAUGCUGCUGGACUGCAGAAAGAUUUUGCUCAGGCUGUGUCCCUUGUAGGGAACAAUGGGAGUCCAGAGCCCAGGGGCUGGCCCACAAGGAUUGAUUUUGGGUAGGGGCUAAGGAGAAACACCUCAGGUAGAAGUCAGCCCCCAUGCGGGGCAAGGAGAAGAGGAGAUGAUCUUGCAUCAGCCUUGGAGCCUGUGCAUUCCCCAUCCUUCUUUAAAAGAAAAUAGUUCUCCCAGGGGAAGAAGUGCCUUAACGGUAGGGUGCCCUCCCCAAGACAGCUGGCGUGAAAUGAAACCCAGGGACUUUCCUUGGCUGCCUCCCAGCUUUCUCCUUCCUCCUGGUCCAGGGCUUCUGGCAUAUGAGCCCCUGACUUGGAGGGAGGAGUGCAUUUAUGGCUGGGCAGCAUUCCCUACCCUCCUCCCUGACCUCGCCUUUCCUCACCCCCACAUCACCCCUCUCCCAGUGCUGCCCAUGCCCAGUGGGGUCUGCCAGGAGCUGCUACUGCCACCCCCUGAGCUGUUUGUUAGACCCCGACUCUGUGAGAUGCCCAAAACUAGGGAGGCAGUGGAUCAAUGCACAAAUUGCUUGUCAACUGCUUUAUUCCAAGUGGAGACAGCUUUGGGCCAGCUUCAAUAAACAGGGGAGCUGCAGUGAAUAUGAUUUUGUUUCAUAUUUAUAUACCUUGGUUGAUGCUCAUUAACAUUUACCCCACUGUUGUCUCUCCUUUGCUCCACCCUUAGUCCUUCCCACCUUAAGCUCCACCUUUGUUUACGGCUUACUUUAUUAGAAUGCAGUUGCCUUUGCAUGUCACUCAUUUACAUGUCUUUUUGCUAUGAGCGCAUGCCUAAAACCCUGACCUCUGCUUCUGUCCAUUACUUGAAGUUUCCUGCUGAUGUCUUCACCAUCUCCAAGGUCUUGCUUGUGCUUUAUCUCCUCAUGAUAGCUAGAGGUCUACAUCUUGUUUCUUGUACACAGUGAGCUAUAUAUCGUACAACAGUACUCUAUUGUGCAGAAAAUGCUUGCCUAAGUGUCUUGCAGUGUUACUUUUAACAUACCAUUCUGCCUUCUGGUCAGCAGCUCUGCUAAGCCACAGGUUAUUGUCUUUUAUUCAGCUGCAAAUCCAAUGCUCCCCAAGAUCCCAAAUACUGUCACACCGACACUCUUCCCUGCCCUCCCUCCCUCCCUCCCUUCCUUGCAUUCUCUCUUGACAUCCCUGCUAGCAAAGCUCCUGGACUGAACAUGGUAGCUUUUGGUUGGUCCUCUGCAGAGCUGUGCCAUGGGAACCCUCUGCAGAGCUGUGGCGUGGGAACCCGCAACCCUUUCCAGGACAGAUCUCUCUGUGACUUCCCAGACCCUUCUCUUUCAGAGGAUUCGCUGUUCCACAGAGCCUGUUGCUAAGCCUCAGGGGCAGGAGUUGGUCCCACUCAAGGCAUCACUCCCCUGUCCCACUGUGCAGCCGUACCCUGCCAUCUUGAAUGAACCCUGGGCAGGAGGCAGUAGAGUCCCUUACGUGAGUGCAGUGCCGUAGGAGGGGUGAAGGCGGUGCAGCUGGUGGCAGGUCCUCCCUCCCCUCUGGAAAUAUAAAAAUAUUCUCCUGGUGAAAUGCAGCACAUUGUAAUCUCCCACUCAGAAUACUGGUGCUUUCCUGAAAGUGCCACAGCCAUUUGACUGCAUGAAGAUCCUCGGGACGUAUAGUGCUGCACAGCUGCCCACAGGACCCUGCAUGCCCCAGGGGACUGGCCCCUGGCAGGGAGUCUGGCCUUACCACUGCUCCCCCCCGGGAGCGAGGAUGGUAGCUGGGCUGCACUCUGGGGCUCCUGCUGAGAUAGUUGCCUCCGGCUGCCCCCAAGUCGGGCAAGGGCAAGAGACCCCUGUGACAUCCAGAACCAGAGGCAUUAAUAAGCAAUAAAUAUGUGCUUCUUGGAGGCAUUUGGUGUUUUGCCUAAUAGGCAAUAUUAGUUAAUAUAAAGCUUGUAAAUUUGUAACCCACAAAUGUAACUUGUCUGUCAUAAGUUUAACCAAAAUGAUAAAACUAACUGUUAGGAUUAAUCAUGAAACUGACUGGGCCCCAAGGGCAAAGCUGUAGCUGCAAGAUUAGCUGACCUAAUGGUUUAUGCUCAGGGUUCAGCCUUGACGAUAAUAACUGGAUCCAACUGCCUGGCUCACCCAACACAUUCCAGGAAACCACAUCCCAAGAAAGCAUAUUCAAAUGAAACCAAAAGGUUUUGGGCUUAGGCGGAGUAAUGUCAAUUUCAAACCAAAAGGUGCUGCAUUGUAAUUUGCUUGUUGGAUAAACCUGGGUCUGGGUAGUAACCUUUUAUGAUAAUUUUUAACACCUUUCAUUCCCAUUGGGUAACAGCUAUAGGGCAAGAUUGUGAGUGGCUCUAAAGCCAUCAGAUUAGCAUAAAACUGGGUACAAAAAGCAUGUGCAUCAGGUGACCAGCAGGAAGGAGGGAGCAGAAUGGUCAUUGCUGUUUCAGCCCGGAUGCCAGACUCCCGGUGUGAGUGAGGAUUGGAUCCUAAUCAAGGGACUUUCCCCCGUAAUCCCUCCGACAGCAUCAAUCGGGGACACCUGACUUUGCUGGAAUCACUUGGGCGCACCUGGCAUCGAGAGACUAUCGAUAAGUUGCCAACCCAUGUCUGUCUAUUUGUUGUUUUGAGCAGCCCGGUAGUUGAUACCCUCGCAGUGCCCAGUUGGCCUGCUACACAUUGAUCCAUCUAUCUGUUGUUAUUAUCUGUUGUCAUUAUUUACUAUUAGCUCUUAAAUACUGUAUUAUCUGCUUAUCACAUUUAUCUUUCUGUUAACCACUGUAUAUGUAAGCGAUAAUAAAUUUGCCUUUGCCUUCUCCCAA